AUGUCCUGGAAAGAGCCUCUUGCAUCUUCUACCUUGUCACUGGCCCUGUUUACUCUUGUGGCAUUAUGGCUAGUCAACUUCGCCAAAAAAGUCCAUAAAGGAUAUCAUGACUUCCUGGCACUUGGUCCUGGCGGAACUCCCUCUACGCCCGCUGGCUACCUUCGCAUAUGCGUCUUGCGGAUCUUUACCUUGCGUAAUCCUCUAAAUCCUCCCUCCCUUCCAUCUUACAUCCAUCCACAGAGCGGGAUCCUAAAAAACCUUCCCAGACGAAUCGGCAAUCGCCCAGAGAUCGUCGGAAUUGCUCCACAGCGUCAGAUGACUGAUAGGGGCUCGAAAGCUAUCUACACUGCAUUGACGGCAACGAUCAAAGAAUUAUCACUCCGGCAUCCGGAUAGUUUGUUCUUGGGGACUUCCCGUUUCGAAAAGCACAACACGGGCCUGUUUUCUCUGCCCCGAUGUCAAAGUCACCUGACAUGCAACGGAGAGAUCUGCCACUCUCACGCUUUCGACGGAAGCAUGCAUCUCACUCUCCACCCGGCAGACGUCAAAACCAUCAUCGAAAAGGGUUGGGGUGAGCGCCAUCCCCUUGCCAGAGAGAGCUGGUGGUGGUGGUUUCGAUUCGUCCCUCCCACCUUUGUCAUGAUCUAUUCCCCCCGUACAAUGGAGGAAGUGCGUUCCGUUACUCAUAUCAUUUAUGCUGCGUCAUGGUGGAUAAGCGGGAUUGAUUUGCGCAAAUCCACCUCAGACGGCAUGGCACCAACGUCUCAGGGGCAGGGUGGUGAUGCGAAAAGUGAAGGUGUCAGAAAAGACCAGGUACGGUCCUCCUCCUGUUCCUCUGAACUAAAUGCCAGUCAGACUUCAAGAAUCACGACGUUCGACAUGCCUGCACUUCCCAUGGGGGGAACUUAA